UCGUCAAACUGUCAUUUCGUGAUUCGUCCGUGGCUGACGUUUAAUAAUUCCAAACAAAUAAAAAGUCUAGAAAAUUUACUCACCUCGUUACAAGUUAUAACAAUAAUAACGGAUCAAAAAUCGAAUACGCGAGUGUCCCGGAGAAAGAGCAGCGUCGAUCGUGAUGUAAGGGCCUGCGGGGACGAGCGAGCGCAUAUGUCCGACUCCCAAGCUGACGGCCCGCAGGGCAUGAGCGACAAUCGUAGACCAUUCUUUUAUCCUGAUAGCAGUAGCGACACCGAGGAGUACGCGGAGGAACGCAGGAAGCGGCUGUCCAAGCGGAACGGGCCAAACGUUCGCGUUCGUGCUGCGAUGCCCCCGAAGAUGCCGAGUCCAAACACGCCCACACCCUCGACGUCCACCCAGGAGCCCUCGAGGGCUGGUAAGGCCCAGUACCAACUGUGCGACGACAGGAUCACACUGGUGGUGGACAACACAAGAUUCGUGGUAGACCCCGCGCAGUUCACCGCCCAUCCCAACACCAUGCUCGGAAGGAUGUUCAGUUCAGGCCUAGAGUUCACCCACCCGAACGAGCGCGGCGAGUACGAGGUGGCGGAGGGCAUCUCGGCGACGGUGUUCCGCGCCAUCCUGGAGUACUACCGCGGCGGCACCAUCCGCUGCCCGCCCACCGUGUCCGUGCAGGAGCUACGCGAGGCCUGCGACUACCUGCUCGUGCCCUUCGACGCCAACACCGUCCGCUGCCAGAACCUGCGCGGGCUGCUGCACGAGCUGUCGAACGAGGGCGCGCGGCGGCAGUUCGAGUCGUUCCUGGAGCGGCUGAUCCUGCCGCUGAUGGUGCGCUCGGCACAGCGCGGCGACCGCGAGUGCCACGUGGUCGUGCUGCUGGACGACGACAGCGUCGACUGGGACGAGCAGUACCCGCCGCAGAUGGGCGACGAGUACAGCCAGACCGUGCUCUCCACGCCGCUCUACAGGUUCUUCAAGUACAUUGAGAACAGAGACGUAGCAAAACAAGUGAUGAAGGAGCGGGGCCUCAAGAAAAUCCGGCUCGGCGUCGAGGGGUACCCCACGUACAAGGAGAAGGUGCGCAAGCGGCCCGGCGGCCGCGCCGAGGUCAUAUACAACUACGUGCAGCGCCCCUUCAUACACAUGUCCUGGGAGAAGGAGGAGGCCAAGAGUCGCCACGUCGACUUCCAGUGCUUCAAGUCCAAGUCCGUCACGAAUCUGGCGGAGGCGACCGCCGACCCCGUCAUCGAGCUCGAGCCGAACCGUGCGAGAGAGACGGAAGACAACGCAGAGCCGCCGCCGGAGGUGCAAGGCGAGGAGGAAGCGCAGUGAUUGGUCGCCCGCUCGUAUAGAGCGGCACUCAGAGUUGUACUCGCGCUGUUUUGUAUCGCGUGACCAGUUCAGGAUGGUUUCUCCCUCUGAAGUUAUUUUGUGGCAACGACCAGCGAGCACACAGCUAUUGCCGUAGCGUAAAGACGCCAGUGACGUGUCGCGUGCGUUGCCCACAAGUUAAUUACUCUGUUAAGGUGCAUUUAGACUAAAAUGACAAUGGCAUAAAAUACAAAAGUGCUCGCGAAUUUAUAGAAUGUUUAUAAAAUGCUCUUAGUCUAUUUUAGUGUGGUUAGAUGAAAAAAUUGGAGGAGUAGGGGGAAUAUGGAAAAUAUGGGUUCAGGUGCUUGGUCUAAAUCCACCUUUAUCGAGUUUAGUGAAUUAGUCGUUUACUAUCUCAAUUUUAGAUAUUUCUGAUCAUGAAUUCUGAUAAAAAAAAAAUGUUACUAUUUCAAUAUCUUGAGAGAGACAGUCUUGCCUUAUCGUCAUCACAUUGAAUCAGAUGCUUUUAUCAAGUAUGUGUCGAAAUAUCUCUGACUACCCUAUUUUUUAUUACAGCCGUGAUAAUAUUUUUUUAUUAUAAUGGUAAACAGACUGCCGAACCUCCUUUGUAUAUUAUCGUAGGAAAUAAUGUAACUUUGAUUUAAAAUUUUGCUUUAAUAAAACCACUUAAUUCUGGAAGUAAUUUUGCUGCGGAGAAGAAAUCUUUCAGAAACAGUGUUUGUUUUAAAUACAAUAAUUUGUAAUAAUUACUUGUGUUCAUAACGAAUUAUUUUAUAUCUAUUGAAAUGUUAAACUGACGGCCCACCUACAGUCACAGUCAUCGCAUAUACUGUGACGCCCACGGUGUAUCCAUACGUUGCCAUUCCCGAAGGCUGGGGUGUUAAGUGCGAAUCUUUAAUGUAGCGUAACUAAUGCGAUUGGUACUUAUAGCAUUAUGUCGCAGGCGCUACAUAACGUAACGAAUUAUAAGGGUACGCUUACACGGACAGUCUUUCGACAUAAUAACUGAAUAAUUGAUUUGAAUUACUUUAACUAGCUUAGUGUGCGUGCGGCUGCCAACAUUUGAGGAUUGAUUACUGUUGUUAGUAGAAGUUCUAUGAUCUUCCCUAUUACUCGUCAAUCUCCGACCGUUGUUCAGUCCACGCACAUGUUGUGCCUCUAAACGAAGCAAGCCAAUAAAUAUAUCGCCGCUCAAAGUCUAGUGAUGAUCGUUCGGUACACAGAAAUCUGUUUCAAUAGUAAUUAAUGAAAAUGUAAACAAACGAAUAAUUGAUCCAGCCGCAAGACCAUAGACCAGAGACUCGUGUCCAAUAGUGCAAGACAAAAGCCGAUUAAUUAAUUAAAUGUUUGGAUUUGUUACUAUCUUUAGAGAAUUUUUCCAUGAUGAUUCCAACAAUUUUUUUUUGUAUUAAACAUUAGGUUUCUAUGUUAUUCUGCAUUUAUGUGGCACUAUUCGUAAUGGACUCCAUAGACGAUCAUGUACGCAUUAUUGCUUGUAAGACAAACUCUAAAUUGUCCGUGUAAGAGUACUUUGGACGUAGCAAAAGCAAAAAGGUUGCCUACAAAAUUAUCAAAAAUGAGAUAGUAGUAUCAAAUUUCUGAUAACUUUGUCGAUUGUAUCCUUUCUGCCAAACUAUGUCCUUCUACUAUAUAACAAUAUUAAUAUAUGAUCGAUGUUAACAGGGCUGUCGCAUUGUACGAUUAGAUUUCAGCACAAUUCAUUGGAAAUUAAUAUAUUUCCGCUUCCUGAUACCAUUAAGAGACUACGGACUAAACCGUCUUUAAAAAAAAAAUGUUCACGCUCACUUUUUUACUUUACGUGUAUAAUAUAGUAUAUGUCAUAUAUGUGUAAGUAUAUUUGUUAUUUAUAUAUAUCUAUUCGUUUAUAUAUGUAAUUUUAAUAUGUAUGCCCGCCAUGUACACAUAUAUGUACUAAUGAAUAAAUAAAUAAAUAAAAUAUUUAUAUAAGAGGGAGACGCUAGGCCUGGCGUAGGGUUUCCCUUACCUUUCGACUGCUUAGCUUUAUACCAAUUGCCGUGCCUCUAGCGCUUAAUUGAAAUCAACAAUUUUUGUAAUGCAUUUUUCAAAAUAUUUCUAUGACAAAUAAUUUUAAAAUAUAAACUUUCAAUUUUGUAUUUUAUCUGUUUUAUUACUGUUUUUUUUUUUUAUUAUUGGAUAAAAAUGGAAUGGUAACCCCACCUGCUUUAUCGGUAUACAUCGGCGGGACACCAGUGAGAAAUGAUAAGUGAAAAUGGAUGAGCAGGUCAGUUGGCCCAUCGUGAUAAAUACACUUGGAAUGGUUUCCAGGGGGACCACGUGGACGUCGACCUGACAGGGUAUAUUGCUAGCAAUGGGACUGGUAGUCCACAUUACUAGCAAUCCCUUCCACCCUUUAUUACUGUGUUAACUGUACAAAUAUUUUAUUACUAAUAAACUGUUUUCUCACAGGCUCUGUAUACAUAUCUGUUUUUUUUUUUCAUUUGUAACGUUAUGGUAUUAUCAGCUGGCGGGUGUUCCCAUGUUGUAACCGUGCAGUGCUGCACGUUCAGCGGCAGCCCUGACCUGUUAGAUGUAAUCAUAGCUUUUGUAACGAACACUUUGUACGAAUGUAACGAUCGUUGUUCUUUUUACAUUAAAUAUAUAAUACAUAUCGGCCA